UGAAGACACAAGAACAACUUUUAUAUCGAGGUCAAACUCUUAGGAAAGAUUCUUUUGCAGCACUUGUUUUUGUCUCAGCUUGUUGAAAAUGGCGGGUGUAAGCAGAUGCAUGAAGUACUCCAUGUUCAUCUUCAACUUUUUAUUUUGGGUGUGUGGUUGCAUUAUUUUGGGAAUCUCUAUAUGGAUACGUGUUAGUGGUGCUCAGCAGGGGGUAGACAGCAGCAUGCUUGCAGGAGUUAAUCUACUAAUUGCCGUGGGUGCCAUCAUCAUGAUCCUUGGGUUCCUCGGGUGUUGCGGUGCUGUAAAGGAGAGCCGGUGCAUGCUGAUGUUGUUUUUUAUUGCACUGCUUCUGAUACUGAUUCUUCAGGUCACAGGAGGUGUUUUAGGAGCAGUGUACAAACCUCAGGUUGAAGCAGUUUUUAACCUCACUCUAAGUGAAAGUGUGCAUGCACUGCAAAGUACUACAGGAGAAUAUAAAGAGUAUCGGGAAGAGUUCCAGAAGCUGGAGAAAAAGUACCAAUGUUGUGGAUUGCAGAAUGGACCUGAAGACUGGGGAGAAAAUUUUGACAAACAAAAAGACAUCUGUCAGUGUGAACUAGAGAAGACAUCAGACCUCUGUAUCAACUAUAAAAAUACAUCUAGAUACAUCUAUAAAAAAUCUUGUGGAGAAGUGAUUAUGCAACAAAUUAAAGACAAUCUGGUCAUAAUUAUGGGGAUCGCCUUUGGACUGGCUGUUGUUGAGAUUCUUGGUUUGGUGUUUUCUAUGACCCUCUACUGCCAGAUUGGGAGAAAAUGAAACUGUGAAAAUGUCAGAAUGAUGUCACCAGUCAAAUCAAGAUCUUUCUAGAAAGAGAGUUAGAGAUUUGGCUGGCCACAUUCAGAUAAAUAUAUGCAUGUCCCAGGCAGCUGUUCUGAUGAAAAUGGCAGCCUUUGUGCUCAUGGAUGCUUGACAACUUGCAAAAU